CCAGCCUCGCCUCGGGUGUAGGGAUUGCAAAGAAAAGCAAAACUACACUGUCAAGACUGUGUAGUUUUGUUUUUAAUGAUUAGAGGCUCAACGAUUCUCAUAUUGGGAUUGUCUAAAAACUUACUCUGGAUAAGGACGUCGUUUACGAAACUUUCGCUGGGCUUAGCCCACUCCUUUUAGGCACUCUUGAGGAAUCAGAGUGCCUAUAAAGAUGACGACAAAAGCACCAACAUUUACGCAGCCGUUACAAAGUGUUGUGGCACUGGAGGGUAGUGCCGCAACCUUUGAGGCUCAUGUUAGUGGUUCCCCAGUUCCUGAGGUGAGCUGGUUUCGGGAUGGCCAGGUUAUCUCUGCUGCAACUCUGCCCGGCGUGCAGAUCUCCUUUAGCGAUGGCCGCGCUAAGCUCGUGAUCCCCGCCGUGACAGCAGACAACAGUGGAAGAUACAGUAUACAAGCCACCAAUAGAUCUGGGCAAGCAACUAGUACCGUUGAGCUACUUGUCACAGCUGAAACAGCACCACCAAACUUUACACAACGUCUACAGAGCAUGACAAUAAGGCAAGGAAAGCAAGUUCGACUUGAUGUUAGAGUGACUGGAAUCCCUACACCUGUGGUGAAGUUCUAUCGGGAUGGAGCAGAAAUUCAAAGCUCCCUCGAUUUUCAAAUUUCACAAGAAGGAGACCUAUACAGUUUAAUAAUUGCAGAAGCUUAUCCUGAAGACUCCGGAACCUAUUCAGUAAAUGCCACAAAUAGCGUGGGACGAGCUACUUCUACAGCCGAAUUGCUGGUUCAAGGCGAGGAAGAAGUAGUACCCGCUAAAAAGACAAAGACGAUUGUUUCGACUGCUCAGAUUUCGCAAACAAGACAAGCCAGAAUUGAAAAGAAAAUAGAAGCCCACUUUGAUGCUAGAUCACUUACAACUGUUGAAAUGUCCAUAGAGGGUGCCACAGGACAACAGCUCCCACACAAGGCACCUCCAAGAAUGCCUCCUAAACCUACAUCAAAAUCACCAACUCCACCAAUAAGUGCAGCAAAAGUACAGAUGGCACGACAGCAGUCACCAUCUCCCAUUAGACAGUCACUGUCACCUGUAAGACAUGUUAGAGCACCAACACCAUCACCAGUCAGGUCAGUAUCUCCUGCUGGAAGACUCUCCACUUCACCUAUUAGGCCUGUGAAAUCUCCAGCACUGAUCCGUAAAGCACAGGCAACAGUAGCCACUGCUGCUGAGGUUGUUCCUCCUUGGAAGCUGGAAGGUUAUGGCUCUGCAGCUGAGGCACGGAUGCAGGAAACUAGAGUAACUACAAGUGCUACCCAGAUAAGGACAGAAGAAAGAUGGGAAGGGAGAUAUGGUGUCCAAGACCAGAUGACCAUUAGUGGUGCUGCUGCUGGUGUCUCUGUUGCUGGUAUAGCUGCUGGUGCUAAAGAGGACACUGAUAAAACAGCAGCUGUUGCUACUGUAGUUGCUGCAGUUGACCUGGCUAGAGUGAGAGAACCAGUUCCAAGCCCUGUAGAGCAGGUUUCUAAAAGGACAGCAAUGACUGCGGUACACAUUCAACCUGUUCAGGAGCAGAUAAGAAAGGAAGCUAUGGUAGUAGUUACUACUGAUAAAUCCAAAGAACAGGAAAUAAUAUCAAGAACUAGAGAAGGAAUUGCUACCAAACAAGAAGUACACAUCACUCAUGAAAAGAUAAGAAAGGAACCAGAGAAAGCUCCUAUACCCAAGGUAAUAAUUGUUGCUGAUAAAGCCAAAGAACAAGAAAAAGUAUCAAGAGCUAGAGAAGAAAUUUCUACAAAACGAGAGCAAAUUCACAUCACUCAUGAAAAGAUGAGAAAGGAUGCUGUGAAACCUUCUGUGCCUAAGGUAGUAAUUACCACUGAUAAACCUAAAGCACCAGUCAGAAUAUCGAGAACUAGAGAAGAAGUUGCUACCAAACAAGAACAAGUACGAGUAACUGAUGAAAAGAUAAAAAAGGAAGCUGAAAAAAUUACUGUAGUUCCGACAGUAAUUGCUGCUGAUAAAUCCAAAGAACCAGUAACAAUACCAAGAGCCAGAGAAGGAAUUACUACCAAACAAGAACAAAUGCAUCUAAUUCGUGAUCAGAUUGGAGCUUACAAAAAGGCUGAAGCUGUAGCUACAGUUGUUGCUGCAGUUGAUCAUGCACGUGUUAGAGAGCCCUGGGAGCUAGAGCACACUGAAGAAGCCUAUGCUGAGCAGACAGCUUUGGAAUAUGGAUAUAAAGAGCGUACUAUGACAGGUCACAUUGUUGAGGUGCCAACCGAACGUCAUGUUGUCACCAAACCAGUACACGUUCCUUCUGAAACAAAAGUUUCCACCACUGAAAAAAUGGGAAUGCAUAUAUCAACACAGAUUAAAAGAACAGAAGAAACCAGAACUGAAAAAGCAGUCCUUGUGGAACACACACGUCCCCGGACAGCAAGUCCUCAUUUUACAGUUUCAAAAAUUACUGUUCCUAAACCAGAUCAUACUUAUGAGGUUUCAAUAGCAGGAUCUGCUAUGGCUACUCUGGAAAAAGAGUUAUCAACAACUUCUGUUCAAAAGAUCACCAGACCUGUGAAAUCACCACAAGUAAAGCCACCUGAAACCAGAGUGAUGGCAGAGAAGGUUGUCUCGCCACAAUUUCCCUUUGGAGAGGCAGCUGACGCCUAUAAGAGUCGUUAUGAUGUUCAGACCAAAAGAGACAUAAGUGUGAGCAUUACAGGUGGUGUGGUACGGGAAGAACACAUUGAAUUAAUGCAAGAAGGUGAAGCAAAGGUAACCGAAAUGGCUAGAGUUCCUGAGCCAGCAGAAGUCCCUGCUACCCCACCAACCUUAGUCUCAGGUCUGAAAAACAUGACUGUUAUUGAAGGCGAAUCUGUCACUUUGGAGUGCUACAUCUCUGGCCAUCCAGCCCCGACUGUGUCAUGGUACAGAGAAGACUAUCAGAUUGAGAGUUCCAUAGACUUCCAGAUUACCUUCAAAGCAGGAGUUGCUCGCCUUGUGAUUCGUGAAGCCUUUGCAGAAGACAGUGGAAGAUUUACUUGCACUGCUACCAAUGCAGCUGGAACUGUCAGCACUUCAUGCCACUUACAUGUACAGGUUUCUGAGGAGAUUGAGAGCCGAGAAGCAGUUUCUGUGAAGGCUGUCACAGAAGAGAAACGCUAUAUGGAGUCAAAAGAUGUGGUAAUGGUAGAUGCCACUAUUGCAGAACAAGAAGUGUUUGGAGAAGCUGCGGCUCCUUAUUUUAUAACCAAACCUGUAAUUCAGAAGUUAGUUGAAGGUGGAAGUGUCAUUUUUGAGUGCCAAAUUGGGGGCAACCCAAAGCCACACAUCUACUGGAAAAAAGCUGGGGUACCUCUUACUACUGGCUACAGACACAAAGUGAGUUACAAAAAAGAGACUGGGGAAUGCAGACUUGAAAUUUCGAUGACCUUUGCUGAUGACGCCGGAGAAUACACUAUUGUUAUUCGCAAUAAGCAUGGAGAAGCUUCUGCAUCAGCCUCUUUACUGGAAGAAGCUGAUUAUGAGGUCUACAUAAAAUCGCAACAAGAAAUGAUGUACCAAACUCAGGUGACUGCAUAUAUACAAGAACCUAAAGUGGCUGAGGUAGCCCCAGCUAUUUUAUAUGCUGACUAUGAAAAAGAAUAUGAAAAAGAACAAGCUCUAAUUAGGAAGAAAAUGGCAAAAGACACUGUGCAGAUCCGGACUUUUGUAGAUGAACAGGAAUUCCACAUUUCUUCCUUUGAAGAAAGACUUAUCAAAGAAAUUGAAUACAGAAUUAUUAAGACCACCCUAGAAGAACUCCUGGAGGAAGACAGAGAAGAGAUGGUCGUUGAUAUUCCUGAAUCUGAAACAGUUGAAGCAGGAUUUGAUUUAAGAUUAAAGAAUUAUAGAAUCUUUGAGGGAAUGACUGUUACUUUCCAUUGUAAGAUGACUGGAUAUCCAUUACCCAAGAUUGCGUGGUACAAGGAUGGUAAACGCAUUAAGCAUGGAGAGCGUUACCACAUGGAAGUUCUGCAAGAUGGCAGCGCUAGUCUACAUUUACCUGUUGUGUUGCCUGAAGAUGAAGGAAUUUAUACAGUCUUUGCCAGCAAUGUUAAAGGAAAUGCCAUUUGCUCUGCAAAGCUAUACAUUGAACCUGUUGCACCAGUUGGAGCUCCAGGUUAUAUGCCAGCACCAGAUGUUAUGAAAAGAUAUCGGUCUCUUUCUCCCCGUUCCCCAAGCCGUUCUCCAGCCCGUAGUUCUCCAUCUCGUUCUCCUGCCCGCAGACUAGAUGAAACUGAUGAAGGACAACUGGAGAGAUUGUAUAAGCCAGUUUUUGUGUUGAAACCUAGUUCCUUUAAAUGUGCAGAGGGGCAGACGGCGAGAUUUGACCUAAAAGUAGUUGGCAGACCCAUGCCAGAAACAUACUGGUUUCAUAAUGGUCAACAAGUUGUUAAUGACUAUACUCAUAAAAUAGUAGUUAAAGAAGAUGGCACACAGUCAAUGAUCAUUGUCCAUGCUAGUCCUGAUGAUUCUGGUGAAUGGACUGUCGUUGCUCAGAACAGGGCAGGCAAAGCUACGAUCGCUAUGACCUUGACAGUGGAAGCUCAAGAACAUCUAGUGAAACCACAUUUUGUAGAAAGGCUGAAGAAUGUUAGUGUCAAGGAAGGUACUAAACUGAAAAUGUCAGUGAAAGCUACUGGUAACCCUAAUCCUGACAUUGUAUGGUUGAAGAACAGCGAAAUCAUUGUACCUCAUAAAUACCCAAAGAUCAAAAUUGAGGGAACUAAAGGAGAAGCUGCACUUAAAAUUGAGUCCACUGUCAAGCAUGAUGCUGCAUGGUAUACUGCCACCGCUAUCAAUAAAGCGGGGCGCGACACUACACGGUGCAAGGUAAAUGUCGAAGUGGAAUUUUCAGAACCUGAACCAGAAAGGAAAUUAAUCAUUCCAAGGGGAACAUACAGAGCAAAGGAGAUUGCAGCACCUGAGCUUGAGCCUCUCCAUUUGCGUUAUGGUCAAGAGCAAUGGGAGGAGGGAGACCUUUAUGACAAAGAGAAACAACAAAAGCCAUUCUUUAAGAAGAAACUCACUUCACUGAGGCUCAAGUGCUUUGGACCAGCUCAUUUUGACUGCAGACUGACACCAAUUGGUGACCCCACUAUGGUGGUCGACUGGCUACAUGAUGGCAAGCCCCUGGAGGCAGCCAAUAGACUCCGUAUGAUUAAUGAAUUUGGAUACUGCAGUCUGGAUUAUGGAGUAGCCUAUCCUAGAGACAGUGGAGUGAUCACUUGCAGGGCAAGUAACAAAUAUGGUACUGACCACACAUCGGCAACCCUUAUAGUUAAAGAUGAGAAAAGCCUUGUGGAAGAAACUCAGUUGCCGGAAGGCAGGAAGGGACUGCAGCGAAUUGAAGAGAUGGAAAGAAUGGCCCAUGAGGGGGCCCUUGCUGGAGUGACAGAGGACCAAAAAGAGAAGCAAACGCCAGAAAUUGUUUUGGUCCCUGAGCCUGCCAGAGUUCUGGAGGGUGAAACUGCGCGGUUCCGCUGCCGUGUCACAGGCUAUCCACAGCCCAAAGUCAAUUGGUAUCUCAACGGGCAGCUCAUUCGUAAAAGCAAAAGGUUUAGACUCCGCUAUGAUGGUAUCUACUACCUGGACAUCGUGGACUGCAAAUCAUACGAUACAGGUGAAGUGAAGGUUACAGCAGAAAAUCCAGAGGGGGUAACGGAACAUAAAGUGAAACUUGAGAUCCAGCAGAGGGAAGAUUUCAGGUCUGUCCUUCGCCGGGCACCUGAACCCAGGCACGAGCCAGCAGCAACAGAGCCUGGCAAACUUCUCUUUGAAGUACAAAAGGUAGACAAGCCUGCUGAGACAACUACCAAAGAGGUGGUGAAGCUAAAAAGGGCUGAGAGAAUCACUCACGAGAAGCUAACGGAAGAGACUGAAGAGCUGCGCAGUAAAUUCAAGCGUAGGACAGAGGAGGGCUAUUAUGAAGCCAUUACUGCUGUGGAGCUUAAGUCUCGUAAAAAAGAUGAAUCAUAUGAAGAAAUGCUUAAAAAGACAAAAGAGGAACUUCUUCACUGGACCAAAGACUUAACCGAGGAACAGAAGAAAGUGCUUCUUGCUGAAGGCGAACUCACCAUUCCAGCUAUCAAACCAGAGAGGCUUGAGCUUAGUCCAAGUAUGGAGGCUCCUAAGAUACUUGAACGAAUUCAAAGCCAGACAGUAGCCCAAGGUAGUGAUGCACAUUUCCGUGUUAGAGUAGUAGGGAAACCAGACCCUGAAUGCCAAUGGUUCAGAAAUGGUGUACAGAUUGAGCGGUCUGAUCGGAUAUAUUGGUACUGGCCUGAAGAUAAUGUUUGUGAAUUGGUCAUCAGAGAUGUAACAGCUGAGGACUCUGCCAGCAUCAUGGUGAAAGCAAUCAAUAUAGCUGGUGAAACUUCAAGCCAUGCUUUCUUGCUAGUACAAGCCAAACAGUUAAUAAGUUUCACGCAAAAUUUACAAGAUGUUGUUGCUAAAGAGAGAGAUUCCAUGGCAACCUUUGAAUGUGAAACCUCAGAACCCUUUAUCAAAGUGAAAUGGUAUAAAAAUGGAAUAGAAAUUUUUUCUGGAGACAAAUACAGGAUGCACUCUGACAGAAAAGGUCACUUUCUUUCUGUGCUAAUGAUUGACAUGUUAGAUGCUGAGGACUACAGCUGUGCAUUGGUAGAAGAUGAAACUGUAAAAACAACUGCUAAGCUUAUUGUUGAAGGUGCCGUUAUUGAGUUUGUUAAAGAACUUGAGGAUAUUGAAGUCCCAGAGUCCUUCUCAGGCGAGCUUGAAUGUGAGAUUUCCCCUGAAGAUGUGGAGGGGAAAUGGUAUUGUGACGAUGUGGAGCUCACAUCCAAUAGUAAAUACAUGAUUACGUCCCGGCGUGGUCGCCAAAUUCUCACUGUUAAAGAUGUUAGUAAGGAAGACCAAGGAGAGUACAGCUUUGUUGUAGAUGGCAAAAAGACCAGUUGCAAACUGAAGAUGAAGCCUCGUCCUGUGACUAUUCUUCAAGGACUUACUGAUCAGAAAGUCUGUGAGGGUGAUAUUGUGCAACUUGAAGUUAAAGUCUCCCUAGAAAAUGUUGAAGGUGUCUGGAUGAAGGAUGGUAUUGAAAUUCAGCCAAAUGACCGUGUGCACGUUGUGCUGGACAAGCAGUCACAUAUGUUGUUAGUUGAAGAUGUAACAAAGGAAGAUAGUGGAAAUUACUCCUUUAAUAUUCCCAAUCUUUUUCUUUCAACCACUGGACGAGUCUCUGUUUAUAGUGUAGACAUAGUGGUUCCACUAAAAGAUGUUCACACUAUUGAAGGAACAAAAGCUGUCUUUGAAUGCAAAGUUUCAGUCCCUGAUGUGUCUUCAUCCAAAUGGUACCUAAACGAUCAACAGAUAAAGCCUGAUGACCGUAUACAAGCUGUCUGCAAAGGCACUAAACAAAGGCUAGUGCUUACCAGGACCUAUGCAUCAGAUGAAGGACAAUACAAAUUGAUGGUUGGCAAAGUUGAAACCAAUUGCAAUCUUACAGUAGAAAAAAUUCAGAUUAUUAGAGGCCUUCAUGACAUCACAUGCACUGAAACUCAGAAUGUAUCCUUUGAGGUUGAGCUAUCUCAUGCAGGUAUUGAUGUUUUAUGGCACUUCAAAGACCAAGAGCUCAAGCCUAGUCCUAAAUACAAAAUCGAAGCACGUGGCAAAAUAUAUAAAUUGACAGUGGUCAACAUGAUGAAAGAUGAUGAAGGUGAAUACACAUUUUACGCUGGAGAAAAGAAAACAUCUGGGAAGCUUAUAGUAGCAGGUGGUGCCAUUGCAAAGCCUCUCACAGAUCUAACAGUGGCUGAAUCCCAAGAAGCUGUUUUUGAAUGUGAGGUGGCAAAUCCUGAUUCUGAUGGCCAGUGGUUGAAGGAUGGUAAACCAUUAUCUAUGACCGAUCACCUCCGAAGCGAAUCAGAUGGUUUAAAGAGGAGACUUAAUAUUCCAGUCACCAAGCUAGAUGAUAUGGGUGAAUAUACCUACAAAGUGGCAUCCUCAAAAACAUCUGCCAAAUUGAAGGUUGAAGCUGUUAAAAUAAAGAAGACACUAAAGAACCUAACUGUAACAGAAACACAAGAUGCAGUUUUUUCUGUGGAACUUACCCAUCCUGAUGUUAAAGGAGUUCAGUGGAUCAAAAACGGCAUUGAACUUAAAUCAGAUGACAAAUAUGAGAUUACAGUGAAGGGAACUGUUUACACACUGCAAGUGAAAAAUUGUGUUAUCACUGAUGAGUCCAUUUACAAUUUUAAGCUUGGAAGGUUAGGUGCCAGUGCCAGACUCCACGUUGAAACUGUUAAGAUAAUCAAAAAGCCAAAGGAUGUGACUGCUUUGGAAAAUGCCACUGUUUCCUUUGAAUUGAGUGUUUCCCAUGAUACCAUACCGAUCAAAUGGUUCCACAAAAAUGUUGAGAUUAAGUCAAGUGACAAGUACAGUAUGAUCUCUCAAAGGAAAGUUCACAAGCUGAUGUUGCAGAAUAUAUCUCCCUCUGAUGCUGGAGAAUACACAGCUGUAGUAGGACGACUGGAGUGCAAAGCAAAGCUGUUUGUGGAAACCGUACAUAUUACAAAGACCAUGAAAAAUAUUGAGGUUCCUGAGACCAAAACUGCCUCCUUUCAGUGUGAAGUAUCUCAUUUCAAUGUACCUGCUGUAUGGCUAAAAAAUGGUGUGGAAAUUGAAAUGAGUCAAAAGUUUAAAAUAGUGGUUCAGGGGAAACUCCAUCAGCUCAAUAUCAUUAACACAAGCAGUGAAGAUUCUGCAGAAUAUACAUUUGUCUGUGGGAAUGACAGAGUCAGUGCAACUCUGACAGUGAACCCUAUCUUGAUUACAUCCAUGCUGAAAGACAUCAAUGCUGAAGAGAAAGAUACAAUAACAUUUGAAGUAACUGUCAACUACGAAGGCAUCACAUACAAGUGGUUAAAGAAUGGGGUGGAGAUAAAAUCAACUGACAGGUGCCAGAUAAGAACUAAAAAGCUUACACAUUCUCUUGCCAUAAGGAAUGUCCACUUUGGUGAUGCUGCAGAAUACAGUUUUGUUGCUGGGAAAGCUGUUUCAUCAGCCACUUUAUAUGUGGAAGCUCGUCACAUUGAAUUUAGGAAGCACAUUAAAGACAUUAAGGUUGUAGAGAAGAAACGAGCCAUUUUUGAAUGUGAAAUCUCAGAACCUGACAUUUCAGUGCAGUGGAUGAAGGAUGGCCAGGAACUCCAGCUUGGUGACAGAGUGAAAGUUCAGAGGGAGAGAUUUGUCCAUCGCCUCCUCAUUCCUUCCACAAAGAUGUCUGAUGCUGGACAGUACACUGUAGUAGCAGGAGGAAACAUGUCCAGUGCUAACUUAGUUGUGGAAGGUCGUGAUAUUCGUAUCAGAAGUGUGCAUAAAGAUGUUCAGGUCAUUGAAAGACAACGAGCUGUAGUUGAAUUUGAAGUCAACGAAGAUGAUGUUGAUGCUCGCUGGUAUAAGGAUGGCAUUGAGAUCAAUUUCCAGAUUGAGGAAAGAUAUCGAUAUGUUGUGGAAAGACGAAUCCACCAGAUGAGCAUCACUGAAACAAGAUACAGAGAUGCUGGGGAAUACACCUUUGUAGCAGGAAGAAACAGAAGCUCUAUUAUUCUCUAUGUUAAUGCUCCAGAGCCACCCCAUAUUAUUCAGGAGCUUCAGCCCACCACCGUGGAAUCUGGUAAACCUGCCCGCUUUUGUGCUAUAAUAUCAGGUAGACCCCAGCCCAAAAUUUCCUGGUAUAAAGAUGAGCAGCAGCUUUCUGCAGGCUUUAAAUGCAAGUUUCUUCAUGACGCACAAGAAUACACUCUAUUGUUGAUUGAGACUUUCCCUGAAGAUGCAGCAGUUUACACAUGUGAAGCAAAGAAUGACUAUGGAGCUGCCACUACUUCAGCUUCACUUUCAGUGGAAGUCCCGGAAGUUGUUUCUCCUGAUCUAGAAGUGCCAGUUUAUCCACCUACUCUUAUAACACCACUUCGAGAUGUUGUUACUUCUGAGGGACAAUCUGCUUGUUUUCAGUGCAGAGUUACAGGGACAGAUCUGAAAAUCUCUUGGUAUUGUAAAGAUAAGGAGAUCAAGCCAUCCCGUUUCUUUAGAAUGACUCAUUUUGAAGACACUUGCCAGCUGGAGAUUUCAGAAGCCUAUCCAGAAGAUGAAGGAAUUUAUACAUUUGUUGCUAGUAAUUCUAUAGGCCAAGUGACAAGUACUGCUAACUUGAAGUUGGAAGGAUUUAAAAAGGUUGAAGAAGUUACAUCAAAGUCCCAAUGGCAUGUUUCUUCAUCAGUUUCACUUAAGAAGGAGCCUGUUGGCCAAAGGCCCACCUUUAUCCAGCCUAUUUCAAGCUGCAGGGUAUGCAGCGGGGAAUCAGUCAGAUUUCAAGCCAGGGUCUCUGGCAGGCCAAAACCAGAAAUCCAAUGGUUUCAUAACCUACAGCCAAUGUUGCCAACAAAAGAUAUAGUUUUCCAUUUUGAUGAGUCUACAGGCACAGCUAUGCUGAUAAUAGUAGAUGCUUUUUUAGAGCACGCUGGCCAAUACUCUUGCAAAGCAGGAAAUAGUGCUGGAGAAGCAACUUGCACAGCUACACUUACAGUGACUGCCGAAGUGCAAGCCAUAGAUAGGCAAAGUUCUGGGAAAGAUGUAAAAGAGUCUAUCCAGUCACAGGCAAUAUCAGAAGUUCAUGUUGCUUCCCCUUUCGCAAAGAAGGAGACACAGGCUUAUAAAAAAGAAAUUAAAACAGUGCAAGAACCAUCGUACCAACUUGGUGUGCAGGUUUUGGAAACUCUAUCAGAAAGUUUAACCAUGAAAGCUACAUCAGUGAAAGAAACAGAAACCUUCCAUACAACAGUCCUUUCACAAACAUCACAAAGCACAAUGAAAGUAUCCGCUGCUGCUGUUCAGGAAAUGAGAGAGGCUUCCCCAAAUAUUCUCCUGAAACUCCGUGACCAAACUGUGAAAUUUGGCGAUACCGCGCAGUUCAUUUGUGCUUUAGAAAGCGAACACUUUUUAGAGGUUCUGUGGACCCAUGAAGGUGAAAGGAUAAAAGAGUCCAAACGAGUGAAGCUAUCACAAAAUGGAACUGUCCUAUUACUCACAAUUAUAAAUGUCCAACUGUUAGAUCAAGGACUGUACAGAUGCACUGUGCAUAAUGAUCAUGGAGAGACGACAACCGCUGCUGUACUAACAGUAGAAGCUAAAGAAGCACACGCCAAAGCAGUAACAAAAAUUACGCUUGACUCAGAUACUAAAAGCACUAAAACAGUCAAAGAGUCUCAGAUUCAAACAACCUCCGAAGUUAAGGAAGAGUCUUCAAAGGAAACAUCAAGCAUGUUAAUCACUUCAGCUCAAAGAUCACAAGGAACUGAAAAACAAAGGAACGGAGACUACUACCCUGAUGUCGUGCCAUGCGAAGAGAUCAUAGAAACUGGUGCCAAAGUACCAGUAUUUCUUGAAACUCUGCUCCCAGAAACUAUUGUAAAAGAAGGAGAUGAUGUGUCACUCUUUUGUGUAAUAAAGGGUGUGCCUACUCCUUGUGUGAUUUGGCUGUACAAUCAGCUAAUAGUUGAGGAGUCUGCAUUAUGUUCCUUAAAACACGAUGGGCCACUGUGCAGUUUAAAAUUACUGAAAGUUGUUCAGGAUCAGAGGGGUAUAUACAAGUGCAGAAUAGUUAACUCUGCAGGACAAGCCGAGUGCAGCACUCAUCUGAGAGUGACAGCUCCAGAAAAAGUUAUUCAAGAGAAGAUAGAAAAACAGAUUGAAAUGGAAGUGAAAGAACUGUUCUUCGGGGAAGAGCCUGGAUGUCCUGAAAAGCGAAGCGAGAUGCGAGACGCUUUCUCCGAUUCUGAAGACUACUUAGACCAUGGAUUUGUGUCUGUGCAGAGAUGUGCAAGUAGAACCUCGUCUAUAAGUUCUUGGUCUGAGACUCUUAAACCUUCUUUCACUCAAAAGCUGAAGUUUAGAUCGGUUUUAGAGGGGGAUCCCGCAGUUUUCCAAUGUAAACUCGUUGCCUGUCCAACCCCCGCAAUUACAUGGUUUCAUAAUAAUAGGCCUAUCCCUAAAGAGCUGCGUAGAAUAAUAAAGAUGGAGAGUGAUAUGCAUAUCCACAGCUCCAGCCUAGAGGUUAGAGAUGUUCGGGAGAGGGAUUCUGGGAGCUACAAAGUGUUUGCCAUUAACAGUGAGGGUUCAGCUGAGUCAACCGCUUCGCUGCUAGUUGCACAGAGAGAGGAGCAAAAUGCAAAAUAUUUAGAUUUCCUGAGAAAGUCCAAACGAACCCAUGAGAGUAUUGAAUGUCUGGUUCAGAAGAGGAAAGAAGGUAGGCUGAAGGUUUACCUGCGGUGCAUUGGCUCUCCUUUCGAUAAAAGGCAGGAGACUGAAAAGAUGUUAAGAGACUUGCCCCCUGCAAAGGGGAUGGUGCGAACCAUAAGCUUUCCAAAACUCCCCGUGUUAAGGGGACAGGAGUUCGUGUACGAUAAAGAACAGGUAGGUAGCAAACGCACCUCAAGGCACAAGGAUCAUGGAAGUGAUGCUCUGCUUGAUGAGGAAAUAAAAAUUAAGCUGCAACGACUGCGGGAGGCCAAAAGAACCAUGCUGGAAAAGAAGAAACUGAGCUUGUCACAGACAGAGACCGAGACAGAGUCACGCCUUGAAUCAGUGCGAACCAGAGAUUUUAGAGAUGGUAAAGACCGAGGGACCCCUCCAGUCCAUUGGGCCAUUGAGAGUGAGGCGAUACGCUCUGACUUCCAGACAAUAAAACCAAUCCAUACAUGCACCUCUUCACCCAAAAUGCCAUGCGGUGAGGAGGGUGCCGCGCACCAUCCUAAACCAGAGCCUGUUAAGAUACCGGAGGACUUUCACCUGCGAAUGGAACGAAUACUGGGGCUUUCCAAACCCUCCCAGAGUCCUCGGGACUUUCCUGGAGGAAGCAUCGCGGCGGAAACAUUCCAAACAAAAUCACUAAUAACACUGAAAGAACCAACGAGAGAGCAGUUUCGGGGAGACCCUCCAUUAGAGCAACCAGAGCCAAUUGCCAAAGCUACCUCCAUCGACCAUAGUUAUACACACAAGGAGCCACAGGACUCAAGGAUAGAUACCAAGCCAAAAGAACAGCUGGAGGAGUUCCAAGCAAUGACAGCCAAGAAGAAAAGCCCGGAAUCUAUAAUCUAUGUGCUUCUCUGCGAUGGAUUAAGCGAAACUACGAAAUUGGAGAAUGUGAUGUCCGAGACAAUCACAAUAAACAUCAAUGAGCCUGUUGAUACUUUUGAAAGCAUCCAAUCAGAAAAGGGUGAAGAAAAUGCAAUGUUAGUACUGGAAGACUCGGCAGAAAUCAGAGAGUCUGCAUUGGUAGAAGUCUGUGAAAUAAAGGAAAAGCCUGCCAGGUCAGAGAGCCCCAUUCUAAAGCUUCUGGAACCUGCCCCCCCGUUUUUUGUUCAUGAAAUUGAAUCUCAGGAAGCAAAGGAAGGAGAGAGUUGCAUAUUUGGCUGUCAUUUCCGUGGCCAUCCGCAACCUAUUGUCACUUGGUAUAACAAUGACAAACCCAUAUCACGUAACCAGGACUAUGCCAUUCACACGACAGAGAGCCGGUCUACCUUGACUUUCCGGUCUGUUUUCCCUCCGCAUGAAGGAUCCAUCACCUGCGUGAUAUUUAAUGAAUACGGAACUGCCACAACAUCAGGCAUGCUCAAAGUGAAGAUUAAAGAGAGGAUUGAGGCUGAACCAUUCACCACCGAUGAAGUUGAACUAUUAAAGGAUUACACAGAAGAGGAAGAAGAACUUAGUUUUCUGUUUGACAAAAUGAAAGAAAAUCAACCAGCUUUCAGUAGUGAAAGUAAAGCCACCCUUUACUUUCCUCAGGGUAACCUGCCCACACCUUGUGUUUCUGACUCAGACCUGCUUUCAUUUCCUGUGGAAAUCAAAAUAAUUGCUCCUACUCCGACUCCAGAACAAGAUGAAGAACUGAAGGAAAUAGUUCAUCCUGUUGAAUUUGUACCUGAACCAUCACCUCAGGACCAAGUUUCUCAGACAAUAAAACAUAAAUUUAAAUUUUCCUUUGAUGUGGUAAAUGAACCACCAAAAAUUGUGAAAGAAACACAAAAAUAUAUUAAUUGUAGAGAAGGGGAUUCUGUCGUACUGGAGUGCUCAAUAUCUGGUGAACCUCAACCGAUUGUAACCUGGUUUCGAAAUGGCAAAAUAUUAACUCCUACUGAGAAGUUUCAGUUUGUGGAGGAAGAGGAUGGUAGUUACAGGUUACAUAUUGGUGAAGUUUCUGUGUCAGAUGCUGGCACAUACAAAUGUGUUGCUGAGAACACAGCAGGAGUAAUAGAAACUGUUUCCAAUCUUACAGUAGAGUCUGGUGUGCAGAGCUUUUAUAGUCAUGUAGAACAAAUUAGUGAUGUUGAAGAAGAAACUGCUCUAGGUCAGAGUGUACAAAUCCAGGAAGAGGUUGCAAAGGAACUUUUGCACAAUCUUUAUGCAUCCUCAGUUGGAUAUACUGCUGGCAAGUUUAAUGAUGGAGAGUAUUCCGCAAGUCAAUAUUUUCAUAACCUCAGUACACUGAGGCAGGGAGAGCUCAUGGAAAAGGAACAACAUACAUCCUCCAACGAAACAGAAUCCAAACUCCCGAGAUUUAUGUGUGACGUUAGAAAGUCUAUACUUACUGAGGAUCAGCCAAUAACUGAAACCCCAGGCUUCCAGCAGCAGAUUGAAAAAGAAGAGACGGUAAAUGUUAGUGAACAAGUAGAGUCGAAGAUAGAAGAAGCCAAGACAUUCACUUUUGUUGGCGAUUUAAGCCAGGUUUCACACCCUGAAGAACCAUCAAUAUCUGAAAACCCAGAUUUCCAGCUCUCGAUUCUAAAAGAAGAGAAAAUAAAUGUGAGUGAACAAGUGAAGUCAAAGAUAGAAGAAGCUAACGUACCUGCUUCUGUUGAUGAUUUAAGCCAGGUUCCACUACCUGAAGAACCGUUAAUAUCGGAAAGCCCAGAUUUUCAGCACCAGACUGAGAAAGAAGAGAUGAUAAAAGUGAAUGAACAAGUAGAGUCAAAGAUAGAAGCCAAAAUAUUUGCUUUUGUUAGCAAUUUAAACCAGGUUCCACACACUGAGGAUGAGCCAAUAAUUGAAAGCCCAGACUUCCAGCUCCGGAGUGAACUAGAAGAGAAAAUAAACGUGGGCGAACAAGUGAAGUCAAAGAUAAAAGAAGCUGAAGUACUCGCUUCUCUUGGAGAUCUCAACCAGCUUCCACUCUCUGAAGAACUAAGAGAUCAGCCUGAUAAAACAGACGAAAUAAAAACGGAAAUUACAACCACAGAGUUUACAUCAAAGUUCAAUCAAAAGAUCAUUGGAAGCCAUAGCGAGAAGGCUACAUAUAGUAAUAUAGAAAUUCCUGCAAGUCAGGAUACAGAUGGUGAAGUAAAGAGUGUGAAGGGUAAAGAUGCUGCUUUUGAGAAGAAGCAGUACUUGAAAAAAACAGUUCCCGAAGAAUAUAACUUUAGCAAUGCUGUUACUGAUCUGCCCCAUCUUGAUAGCGGAAACACGCCAAGCAAAUCUUUUAGUGACGGUAAUGAAAUGGAAGUCAAGGGCGCAGGGCAUUUUUCAGAGAAAUUAGAGCCCGAGCAAGAGAGUCCUGCUCAUGAGCGAACUCUCGGUACACCACCUGUGGCACUUUCUUUCAGUGACAAUUUAGAUGCACCAUUUACAAAUGUAAAUGAUCAAAUCCAUGUCUUUGAGCAGGAGCUGAGUGCAAAGAGGAAUGAAUUUGAGGAUCAUAGUUUUUUCAGUCCUAUAUCCAAGAAGGUACAAGAAGAUAGAGAUCUGUAUGAAAAGUACAUAUGUGACACCAACUUAAAUAGGACAUUUCAAGAUUCAACUACCAUAGAAGAGAAAGAUGAGCCCUAUUCGCAUGCGAUAAGUGAUGAAUUCAAAGGUACCCCUGAAUUAGAACAACUUGGUUUUUAUGAUCCAAAUAAAGUAAUUCAGCAAGAAGAACACAUAGGGCAACAAGAAAGAACUAUAGAAGGAAAUGAACAAGAUUACAGAAGCUUUGCAUAUGGCAUAGAGGAAAAUGUCUUUCUUCAUGAUAAAAAAUUAUCUGACGUUGGAGAGACAGAACAGAAGGAAACCUGUCACAAGGAACAAACAUUAGGAAAAAUAGAACCUGAAACAUACAACAUUUUAUUUGAUUUAAAACAUGCUCCUUCAGUUAUAGAAAAUGUAGAUCCGAAUUUUCAAGAACAAAUUAGGAGGCAACAAGAAGAAACACAUUUAAAAGGUCAAUACCCAGCCUCUGAACCUGAUACAGCCAAUAUUGUAUUUGAUUUGAAACAAGUUUACUCUGCUAUAGAAAAUCUUGGUCAAGAACAAGAGAGGCUGCUGCAGAAUGAAAUAUAUUUCAAAGAUCAACAUUCUGCUUCUGAACGAAUGGAACCCGAUACACACCACAUGGAAGAAAAUGUACAGAAAACCACAUCACCUACAGGACAAGGAAUUGAUUCCUGUCAAGAGUUUUCCAAAGAGAGUGAAGCUAUAAGCGAAAAAGAUAAUUCUCAAGAAGACACCUUAUCUCUAGAAAAAGUAGAACCCCAAAUCCAGGGAUUAGCACUUAAUCUAAAACAGCAUGCAAUGAUUUUCUCAGAAGAAUUCGUUUCCAAAGAGACUGGCAGCAUAUCACCGGAAGAAAUGUGUUCCUUAAACCAAGUGUCAUCUCCCGAGAUCGUGGAAACAGAAACGGAAAGCUUCAUAAACCAUCUACAAAUAAAUGACGCACUUGUAGAAGAAAUUUCUUUAAGUGAAGAACUUCGUCAUAAUUACAAGAUGCAACUGGAGGGAGUUUACGUCCAAGAACGGACUCUCUCAACAGAAAUUGGAGUGUCUGAAAUGCAAAUAUUUAAAAGUGACCUAGCUGACAUUCCUCUUUCUACUGAACAGGGAUCGCCUGCAAAAGGAAUUGAUGAAUCUGAGAAAAAUGUUUGUGUGGAAGAAUCAUUUAAGGAACAAAUUAAAGACUUGAUAUUGGAGCAGACUGCGCCUAGUCCUUCAGCAGAAUCCAAAAUGUCGGUAAGUCAAUAUUUUCAAAAUGUAGUGCAAGAAACAGAUGUUUCUGAGGGUGUGGAAUCUCUAGAGACAAUAGACCCCAAAGCAGACAACUUCAUAACAGACUUGAAAAAAGCUGCAAAGGAGAAAGAACCCACCGCAUGUAAACUGGAGCAAGAACAAAGACAAGUUCUUCAGGUAGAGCAAGCCACAAUGAAAGAAAUAAGUAGGUCUACUUUUAAUGGAAGUAAAACUGAAACUGUGUGUUAUACCAAAGGAAUUCCCGAAGACCAUCAUGCUAUUCAGCGGGAAUCAGAUACACAGGACAGGGACAUUUCUUUUGCACAGUUCCUUCGUUCGUUAAGAAAUGAAGAAUCCAUAGUCCAGGAAAGGCAAUCAAGAGAAGAAUUAAUUGCCUCGGAGAAACAAGAGUGUAAUUUAGAAGAUCAGCUUGAAAAUGAAAUUUCAUUUCAGACUAAAGACGUUGUAAAUGCUGCUGGGGGAAAUCUGGAUGAAAGGGGCCGAUCACAAGACGUUUUGCAAUGUCAAGAGCUGAACGCUGCUCAAGUUUCAGAACCUGAACCAUGCGUGUCUCUCUCAACGUAUUUACUCUCAGCCGGACAGCAGGAGAUCCCAGAUGUCAAAGAUCCCAUUUUCCAGGCCUUUGACCGGAAGGAAUGUAUCACUUCUCUGGAAGUCGAAGACGUCACUUUCAGCACCGUUUACGACUAUUAUAAUCAGCAGCAGGAGCUGACCCGUCCACUCUCUCCUGAAUCCGAAAUGUCAAUAGAAAUUGCUAGCACAAGCGGGGAUGAACUGACAGAAUCUGAGCGAUUCUAUACACCACCAUCGUCAGUUGAGAAUUUCGAAUCUCCCAUGUCUUUUGAAUCUUACCACACUCCAGCUGGCACUCCCGAACGGUACUCAACACCUUCCGAGGAACCAUCCUUCAACAGGAAGUCCCCUUCAGAUUUGGAAAGGGACGGCACGCCACAAGAGUGCUACACAACCCCCACCAGUGACUAUCCUGAACCCAGAACAUUACGUUCUCCUUUCCAAGACAGGAGGUCGCCUUACGAAGAGCAGCGCUCAGAGAUGUUUGGCACACCUUGUGAAGCAGUGGAACCAAAGGGAAAUGAAAUGCCUCCAGCAUUUAUCAAACCCUUGCCCAAGAGGAAGGUCUAUGAAAACAGUCCAUUGGGUUUUAUUGCUGAAGUUAUAGGCUUUCCUGUUCCUGAUGUGAAAUGGUAUCGAAAUAAGUCGUUGCUUGAACCAGAUCAAAGAGUCAGAAUAGAAAAGGAGGGUGAUAUAUGUAUUUUGGAAAUCCAUAAUGUUCAGAAAUCGGAAGAAGGAGAAUAUAUAUGCCAUGCAGUAAACAUCAUAGGGGAAGCUAAAAGUAUCACCCAAGUAGAAGUUUUGCCUCAAGAUGGAAGGUCCUUGGCCUUACCUCCUCCAGUAACACAUCAGCAUGUUAUAGAGUUUGACUUGGAACAAAAUAAAACUUCAAGGUCACCUUCUCCUCAGGAAAUACUUCUGGAAGUAGAGUUGGACGAAAAUGAGGUUACGGAAUUCGAGAAGCAGGUAAAAAUAGUCACAAUUCCUGAAUUUACAACGGACAACAAAAGUAUGAUUGUUUUUCUUGAUGUCCUCCCUUUUGCUCUGGUGAAGCAAACCACUGGCUUGACUGCAAAAGGAGAUGAAGACGUGAAAAUUGACUUUGAAGUCACUGAAAUGCCCCCGCGCUUUACCACUCCCCUUUUUGAUUUGGAAAUUCUAGAAAAUUCAGAGGCAGUGUUUGAAUGUACAGUGACAGGUUCCCCUACUCCCCAAGUACAGUGGUUUAAAGAAAAUACCUGCAUUACCGCAGAUGGCGGGAGCUACAUUGUGACUGAUGAGAAAGGAAAUCAUAGUCUUAAAAUUCAGAAUGUAGGUCAUUCUGAUAGUGGCACAUAUCGGUGCAAAGCAGCGAAUAGUGUAGGAGAAGCUAUAUGCAAAAGCUCUCUAGUUGUGCUAGAUUCACAGAGAGCCCUUGCUAGCAGGAGUGGGGAUGGAAUGACUGAUAUAGUUUUAGGCAAGGCUAUGGGUAGGCCACAGAAGUUUGAUUUGCUUGUAGACAGUACUCUUCCAAAUGGCAACCAGACCGAAAUAGAGCUGGAGUUUGAAUUUGAGCGCGACACGGAUGAUUCUCAGAAAGCUGUCAAGUUGGUAGCUGUCACAGAACAAGAGUGUGAAGAGGAAGGGGAGAAAUGUGUCAAUAUUAAUUUUGAUGUAUUCGCUGGGCCAUCCAAAGAAGAGAAGAUAGAAUUUAAAGCGGAGAGCUCAGAUAGUUGUUCCUUUGAAUUCCAAGUCACAGAAGCCCCUCCAAAGUUUAUCAAACAUAUUUUUGACUGCACUUCGUCAGUAGGUACCUCUGCGUGUUUCCAGUGCCUUGUAGUUGGCGCUCCAAACCCGAGUAUCAGUUGGUACAAAGAUGGGAUACUGCUUGAAGGGAAUAGGUACUGUAUGGAGGAAAAGCAGAUGGGCUAUCAUAACCUAAUUAUUGGAAAUUUAAUCCAAAACGAUGAAGGGGAAUACAGAUGUGUAGCUGCAAACAGGGCAGGAACUGCUGAUACAAGCGCUGUGUUAAACAUAUGCUGAAUUUCCAAGUUUGAUUUCAAAAUACAUGUUUGGAUUAAGCACACAAUAGGUUUGCAUUGUCCCUAAAUUCUGUUUGUAAACAUGUAGCAUUCACUUUAGGUGCUUCCUAUAUUUUAAUGCUCAUUGAGAAGUGAAAUUCACAAUUGGCAGGCACCCCUCAAGUCCCACAUGCCCUAUUUUAGGAACGUGAGAGAGUUACGCGGUGCAAAAGGCUUGUGCAGGCAUUCUGCACGGGAAUGAGUUUAAUUCCUUGCGCAUUCUGCUAACGGUACCCUUUUUAUCGUUGUUAUUCACGUACGUAGAACUCCUUUGUCUGUUUCCUAUACGUGUAUAUAUACUUGUGUUAUUUAAAAGUGCAAUCAUCUCUGUGUUAAAAGGGCCUAGCAACCAUCUUGAAAUAUGAAAUCCGCUGUGUUCUUGUAACUUAAGUGUAUGGAGUACUACUUUAGACAUACGUUUCGGUCUAAACACAGUACACCUUUCAGUCAAAUCCUGAAGUGCUUACACAUUUUUAGCCUUUCCACCUUUCCUAGACCUGAAGAAGAGAUCUGUGUAGAUGGAACGCUUGUUUCUUUCACCAACAGAAGUUUGUCCAGUAAAAGAUAUUACCUCACCCACCUUAUCUCUAUUUUAUACAGUCCUUAUUCCGGCAAAAUGGCCAUUGAAGACAAUGGGCCUGAUUCUGAUCUUGAUUGUAAACUAAGAAUAACUUCACUGAAGUCGAUGGGGUCACUCUGUUGCAAAAGCAAUGCAAGUGAGAUCAGAAUCAAACCCAGUUGACGUUUUUCUGCAGUAAAGACUGAGUAGGGACUUCAGGAAUUGUAAUAAGCAUGAAUAUAAAUAUAUUGUGUACUGUAUCUUUAAGAGUUAGAGGCAAAGAUGAGGCAUUUAAUAAAUCGACAGAAUGUAAUUAUAAGACGAUACGGAUAAAAGCUCUCUUUCCCUGUACUCCUGUGCUGUGAAUAAAAAAAUACACAGCAGUAAGAAAGCAGGAGACUUUCACUGAACAUUUUCAUUUUAAGAUUAGAACUAAGUCUCCAGGGAUUCGUUUUUCUUCUGUCAGUCAUCGUUCUACCAGCAACAUAUAAUGUUAAAUACUGAACGGACAGAAACAAAAUGGAUUCAGACUCUAUAUGGAGCUUUUUUUUCAGUAUAAGCACAGCUAUUGUCCUUUAGAUUAAUUGUUUUUAUGCAAUCAAAUAUUUUAGGGUAUGAACUAAGAAAGAUUAAAAAAAUGAGAUGGAAGAGUCAAUUCAGGGUGAAGUGAUCGAUUCAGACCUAAGCUUAUCUAGCUUACACAAAAAUGUACACACUGGUCAAACAAUUAUUUUUAAAUUUUAAAAUAUUUAAUCAUUCAUUUGUAGAAAAAGAGGGGAAAACCUACAAUGUAUAUGACUGCUUUCUGGUUACACAAACAUAUACAGGUGAAUUUAGAUGAAACCCUAAAUUCAGCAACUCUGGACUGUUGGUUUAAAUAUGAGUAAUUAUUAUUUUGCUUCCACUUUACACAAUGCUAAGGUUACUUAUUAAUUUUUAUCAGUCGAAUUUCAAAAUGUUUUAAGAGGCAUGAUUAUUUUAAAUAAUGCUUUUGUGUAGUCAAUUGUUUUCACGCAUGUUCUUAUUUCUGUGUUUGACAUGUAUUCAUAUAUGGGUUCUGUAUGUCUCAGAAUGUUGUUGUAGGCACCAGAGAAGCUAUUCUGCAUUAGUAGGGAUUCAUUCUGAACUCAGCAUUCUCAUAGAAUCCUAAAGUACCCGAGAAAAUUGAGUCCAGUGGUACUCGUCUUAAAAAGCCAUAGCGCACAUGGGAAAACCUUAAAAAAUCCAUUUUUAUUAAAUCUCCAUUGAAUCAAUCAGCAGUAUUUGCUCUGCAAAUAUUAUUGAAGACACGAGGAUGUUUCAGUAGACACAUCUCCUAAUAGGUGGUGAUGCUUCGACUGAAAUCUUUCAAUAUUUUGGUGAUGCCCUCAAAGAUAAUAAAGAAAAUCUGCAGAGUGACACACAUGAGGAUUUAUUGAAGUGUUUAUAAAAUAUUUCCAUUUUGAAAGCUUGCCUGUUUGUGGCAGUGGUUCUGUGUGACUCUUCUCUCACAGAGAGACAAGGAAAAUCAUCCUUGGAAAGUUCUCCCAUGAGCACUGCCAUUUAUGCAGAUUUUAAAUGGGGAUAGGAAAAAGGACUUGGAUUUAAAGAAAAAAAUCAAUGUUUUUUGAGGUUUGGAAAAUUUUGGUUAACUUUUUUUUUAUUCCCCAUUGCAUCAAUCACUGCGCUUCCUUAUUCUGUUUAGACCAUGAAUAGAAGUGCCAAAUACUUGAAGAGCGAGAUUAGUUGUUCUCAUGGUAUUUCCUGUCCAACACGAAAUAGGAAGUAUUGGAAAUCUCACAAGUCAAACUAUUUUUGUGACGUUUCCAAACUCAUUUUGUAGACUCAAUUUGUUUAGAUGGUGUCCAUAAGGGAAUCAGACCUUUUGGUGCUCAGCUGAACCUAAUUUACAAACCUUUUGAGAGUCACGCAUUACAAAUUCGGAAUAUAUUCAAUAAAAUAUCUGACAUUAUUAUUGAAAAAUUAUAUUGCCUGACUGUGCUGCAGAGUUUGGAAAGCCUUACUUACCAUUACACAGUGCAGGUGCCAAGUAGUGAUGAGUUGGCACCUUCAGAAAUGAAACCGAGUGGAUGAAGUCCGUUGCAGUGUCACUUUCCUUAGCUAAACUCUGCUAAAUACUAUGGAAGACAGAUUAUUUUAAUACCACUGAUGACCACAAAAUAAAUAUUAGUACACAUUAACGUACAUAUGUAUUUAAGUAGCUAAUGUUGUUACAAGUGUCAUUAUCAUUAAACCAGUUUAUGUUGAAAAUCCUGGAGGAUAAGAGAAAUGAGAGUGUUUGUUCCAACAUUGGGCUGGGUAAGAAUGGUUUUGUGUUGUGCCCAUAUUCAUUCCCUGUACAGAUGCAUAGCAUUUACUGAUUUAUUUGACAGCAGAGGUCCCUAGAGGAAUUUACAUGAAAUGUAUUGAUUAAAUAGGAUGUUAAAGGCCUGAUCCAAAGCCCAUUGAAAGGAAUGGGCUCCUUUGACUUUAAUAAACUUUGUAUAGGAACCUAAACAAUUAUCCUAGAGGUUAAAAAUGUGAAUCUGGCAUACGUUUUUGGUAGAAAUUGGCUCAAAUUGAAACCUUAGAUCCAAACCAUCCAAAAUCUGGGAAGGUUCUAAUCCAGAUCUGAACUUUAUAGCUCAGUCUCUCUCUACUUUUACUGCUUAUACUGUAUAUAUAAGCAGUAAAAUAAAUAAAUGAAUAAAUAAAAAGUGUUAUUUAAAAUGUCAGUUUCAUGCACUGUAUGACUUUGGCCAGGGACACUAAAAUAAAAAUAUGAUGUGCCAGGGUCUGACUUAAGUUACACUAACAUAAAUCCGGAGCUAUUCUUGAUUUCAGUACAGUUAUUCAGGAAUUACUGGUGUAACUAUGAUCAGUAUUUGACCCUAUAUCUUUUAAAGGUAGUGCUUAAGUAAUAAUUUAAGAAAAAGAGUAAUUUCAUUGUCAAGUGAAAUGUCUUUUUUCAUUCUUAAAGACAGGGUAUUUUAAAAAGAGGGUAAUUGAUGUUUAUUUGUAAUCAAUAUUAUAUUUUACAUAUUAAUGUAGAUGAUAUUUGUGAAAUAAAUAUGUAAAUAUUUA